CCAAUAACAUGCGCACAAGCUUUCCCCGGGAUGUAUGCACUUGAAAUCUCUGAUAUCGCACACAUGUCGGCAUGUCACUAAUCACGCUUCAACACCAUGAUCGAGUAUUUGUCCGUGAUGAAACCCUUGCCCAGGGGCAGCCUACACGUCACCGCACAACAAGCCGUACCCGCAUAAUUCCUCACCAGAAGCAAAUAAUCCCGUCGGGUACGCGGUCAACAUGCAAGCUGCCUUGUGACAAAGCAGCUUGCCGACAGAAACAUCGCAAUAAGAGGAGGUUGGCUGAUCGGCCGGCUCAUCAGUUGCGUCAGUGAAAUGAUAUUUGAUGUUUUCAAGUUGAUUUUCAAUAUGGGAUCGGCGAUGAGAGACCAAGCAAGUGCUGAGAAAUAGCUAUAAUAAGUCCCGUUGUCCUCCA